GUUUUCGUAUUGCGUGGCCUUCACGCGAUCCUUUCUGAGGACCGAACAAAGGCUGCUCAAGGAAAGGAGCAGAAACUAGAACGAUCGAGGAGUAGGGUUAGGGUUUCGAUCGACGGUCGCGAAGGAUGCCGAAGAACAAGGGUAAGGGAGGGAAGAACCGCAAGCGCGGUAAGAACGAGGCCGACGACGAGAAGCGCGAGCUGGUCUUCAAGGAGGACGGCCAGGAGUACGCCCAGGUCCUUCGGAUGCUCGGCAACGGCCGCUGCGAGGCCAUGUGCAUCGACGGCAGCAAGCGGCUCUGCCACAUCCGCGGUAAGAUGCACAAGAAGGUCUGGAUCGCCGCCGGCGACAUCAUCCUCGUCGGCCUCCGCGACUACCAGGACGACAAGGCCGACGUCAUAUUCAAGUACAUGCCCGACGAGGCCCGUCUCCUCAAGGCCUACGGGGAGCUCCCCGAGAACACCCGCCUCAACGAAGGCAUCGGAGGACUCGAUGAAGAGGAGGAGGGCGCCGCUGAUGACUACAUCGAGUUCGAGGACGAGGACAUCGACAAGAUCUAAGCGGUGGAAGGAUCGAAUAAGGUCUGGCUUUCCUUUCCUUCUAUCUAUGUCUUGAAUUUGAUGUCAAUUCCGUUUCUUGCAAGUAUGCUGCUGGAGUUUGGGUAUAAUAUAGAAAUAAGUACACAGAUGCUUGGAUGGUCUUAAAAUCUUAUGAUGAUUACUGGUGGUGUAAAAGAGACUGUGUCUAUCUGAUCAUGAUGAUGCUUUUGUCGCACUGUGCUAUCAUAACAAUUAAUUUAGUAUCCUUGAGGAUUCUUGGUA